UUUAUUUUAUUGACAAUAGGAAUCAGUCAAACCCGGCUUAAAAAACUGUCCAGCUCAACCUCAUUUUUAUUUUAUCGACAAUAGGAAUCAGUCAAACCCAGUUUAAAAAACUGUCCACCUCAACCUCAUUUUUAUUUUAUUGACAAUAGGAAUCAGUCAAACCUGGCUUAAAAAACUGUCCACCUCAACCUCAUUUUUAUUUUAUUGACAAUAGGAACGGCAGACCUUUUUACUUAGGUUUUAAUAUGGCAGCCAAGUUCAAUAAAGGAGACAAGGUAUUUGCUAAGAUAAAAGGUUAUCCUUACUGGUCUGCCCGAGUUGUAAAUGUAUUUUGGACAGAAAAACAGCAAGCAAAAUACGAUGUAAAAUUCUUUGGAACCCAGGAGACGACUACUAUAAAGGAUAAUGAUGCUUGUCUGUACUUGGAAUACAAACACAUACACGGAAGACUAAGGACUGACAAUUUCAGAAAUAGCAAAUUCAAUAAAGCCUUGAAGGAAGCAGAGGAAAGUGAAGCAGCUGAAGCAAGUGACAUAAAUACACAAAAUGAAGAUUGCAACUACAAAAAAAGUGAUGUUCUAAGCAUGUCUGUAAAACAUCUUGAAGAGAGCUUAACAGAAGUAAACCUGUUAGAGAACUCAGAAAACGAAGAAGAAAAACUUACAUUGGCAGCUAAAAUUGGAACAGCACUGCUAGAGGAAAAUGAUUCACUGAAGAGACAAAAUUUUGAACUGGAAUCUAAGCUAACGAUUGCUGAGGAAAAAGCCGAGAACCUAGAAAGAGAACAAGAAAUAUCUGCCUCAAAAAUUGAAGAACUUCUAUGCCAAAUAGAAGAAUUACAUAAUAAUUCAAAGAAAGAAAAACAAAUACACUCAGACAUGCAGCGUAUGUUUUAAGAAAAUGACAGAAAACAAAAUCAAAUAAUAAACGAAUAUUUACUUAAAAUUGAAAACUUAGAAAAAAACAUCUUUGCUUUACAAAGAAACCUAAAAAAACAUAUAACAUCAGAAUCAGAUAAAGAAUCUCCAAGCUACACCAACUCUGAAACUCAAACUGUCCAAAAGGGAAAUGAACAAAACAUCAAUACUCUUACUCCUAUGCCUGACAACACAACCGUUUUUAUUGAGCUAGCUGAAGUAAAGCGAAACAACAUCUUCUGGAGGAAGAAAUUAAAACCUUAAAAAUCGAAAUAGCUGAAAGUAAAUCACAUUUAGUAGCAAAAUCAAAUAGCAAUACAACAUCCAGCACACUUUCAAAAAGCUACACAAAUACUGAUAAUAAAACAUGUAAACGGCCCCAACCUCUGAAUAAGAGCCAGCCCUCUAUCAAAAAUAGGAGAAAUCAAGAAUCAAGAAUAUUUUAUUGCCAUCCCACACAAACGAUGCAUUGACAAAGUCAUAGAGUUUAAAAUAUGUCCUUAAAACAUAUAUAAUAUACAAUAUACAAAUAAAAACACAUACACAAACCUUAACAUAGCCUACAUGGUACAGUUAUAUCCUUAAUGCUGAGCAUACAUGCAUGAACUACAUGAAAAUCCUAUUAUUACUUAUAUUGUAAAGAUACAUUUCUUCGAUAGAAUAGAAUGCAUUUUGCUUCAACCAUUUAGACACAGCUAUUUUAAAAUUAUUACAUGAAAUUUCCCUAACUUCUAAUGGUAACUUGUUAAAAAGCUUUAUGCCUAUAUACAGAUAACUAUUAUGGGUUUUGGCUAGCCUAGCAUGUUUUUGGUUGAUUGAGUCUUGGUUUCUUGUAUAAUGAGUAUGUAUUGAGCUUCUUAAGUCAAAUUGUUCUAAAUUUUCUUUUACAUAUAUCAAACUCUGCAAUACAAAAAUACAAGGGAGUGUAAGUAUAUCAUAUUCUAUAAAGUAAGGUUUACACGAGUCACUAUUGCUAAGAUUAAAAAUUUUUCGCACAGCCUUCUUUUGGCACAGAAAAACCUCUCUAGCUCCGCUGGAGCUACCCCAGAGAAGGGUACCAUAUGUAAGGUGGGAAUGAAAGAGGGCAAAAUAAGCCUUUAAAACCAAACUAGGACUAGUACAGGAUGUCAGUUUUUUUAACAAAAAGAUCACUCUCGAUAACCGAGUACAUAAGGCAUCAGUAUGUGUUCUCCAGGUGAGCUUAGAAUCAAGAUAAAGACCUAGUAACUUCACAGACUUAUUCUCAGAGUUGGCACCUAGACUAAAUAUAACAUGCUCUGAUUUAUCCUCAUUAACAUAUAGGCUAUUUGCAGAAAACCAGAGAUGUGAUCUCUCUCUCAUAUAAUUGAUCAUUACUAGAUUAAGUUGAGAAAGUCUAUUGGAGCACAUCAAGGUAGUGUCGUCUGCAUAAAGGACACACUUGUUGGGAAGAAAUUUUGGGAGGUCGUUAAUGAAAACAGUGAACAAAAAGGGACCCAGGACAGAGCCCUGGGGUACCCCCCUUGUCACCCUCUUGAGAUCAGACCUCUGGUCACUUAUUCUGACAUACUGGUACCUGUCAGAUAAAUAAGAAGUAAAGAGAGACAACUCAACACCUUCCAGCCCAUAGUGGUUUAGUUUUUCAAUAAGUUCUGAGUGAGGCACCACGUCAAAAGCUUUACUAAGAUCUAACAGUAAGGCACUAAUCUCUUCUUUACCUUCAAAGCCACCAAUGAUAUAGGAGACAAUGCUUUCAACUGCUUUGACAGUGGAGAGACUAUGUCUAAAUCCAUAUUGUUCAGAGGAAAGCAAGUGAUUGUACUCAAAAUAACAUUCAACCUGUUGUUUAAUUAGGCUUUCAAUUACCUUGGAUACUACAGGAACCAGCGCAAUCGGGCGGUAGUUGUUUACAUUAGACCUGUCACCCUUUUUGUAAAUUGGCACUGUUACAGUUGUCUUAAGGCAUUGUGGAAAAACACCAAUCCUGAGCAUCCAGUUAAUAAGUAUUGUUAAAGGAUAUAAAAUUUCACUUAAAACUUUCUUUAAGACAAAGUUUGAAAGUCCAAAAACAUCUUCUGAUUUUGAGUUACUAAGUUUAAGUACAGUGUUAUAAACAUCGACAGGGUAAACAUCAUUCCACUUAAAAGGUAAUGUCUGGGGAUUUCUUAUACCAGAAGAUUUCAAUAUUUCAAUAGCACUAGCAGUAUUCAGAUUGGCCCCAUUAUUAUUUACAUUACUACACACAUUAAUAAAAUAGUCAUUAAAAUCAUCAGCAGACAAUGGAAGCUUGGACAGAGAAAGACUUUUAGAUAACCGCCCAGAUUCAGCAUUGAUUACAUUCCAGGCAGCUUUGCAUGGGUUUGGAGAUUCCAAUAUGUAUCUAUCAUUUGCACUUCUUUUUGCAAUUUCAACCUGUUCUUUAUAAAAUUUCUUAAUUCUUUUAUGUCUUUCUAACAAAGUAGGAUUAUUUUUACUCACUUCAUAGCUAAUAUCCAGUAAUAACCUAAUUUUCUCUAAAAAAGGAGUGUACCAGUUUUUAUUUCUACAUCUAAGUUUUCCUUCAGAUCUAGUUUUAGUCAUUAAAGGACAACAAUCAUGAAAGUUGUGAGACAAAUGCUACAAAAAGGAAUUAAAAGCAUUGUCAAGGUCAUCAGCACCUAAAAUCACAUUUGACCAGUUGCUAUUAGUUAACCUACACUUAAAUCUAUUAAUAUUUACAUCGUUCAGCACCCUAUAGCUGUAUGUUGUUUUUUCACUCACGUUUGGCGGUGAGGGACCUGCAGCAAGAAAUUUAGUCUUUAACAGCAGGCCAAGAUGAUCCGAGAGAUGAGGCUGUACAGUUCUACAAGUGUAAUCAGUUGGGUGAAGAUUGGAGAUGAAGUUAUCCAGGCAGGACUCAAGACGAGUUGGUUGUAGAUUCACACAGAAGCAGUCAUAUCACUUCAGCAUCUCACUACAAGUGGUCAAGAGUAAGUCAGAACAAAACCCCCCAAACCAGCCAGAAAACACAAAUAAAAUAACACCCAUUCCCAAUAUAGGAAAAAUAUCAGGAUACAAAACUUUAACAGAAAAGCUUAUUCCCAAAGAGAGAAUUCCGCCAAUGACAGCUAAGAUACGCGCUGACAAUGAGAGUGUGGAAGACUUUUAUGUGAAAAACAUAGACUAUUACAAAGAGGUAAUCCACAAACAAAGCUCUUCAGUCUUGCCUUAUCAGACUGUUCAUCAAGACCCUGGAUGUACUUCCCUACCAGCACAAGACAACGACAGCUCAAACCCACAAGCACGGGAAGGA